AUUAUCUCAGAGACGCAUGUAAUAAAUGUAAGCAAAAGAUAGAGAAAACAAAAGGCAAUCAUGGAAGACAUCCUGCUUUAUUCGUCCCUCUCACUUCUAACCUUUCUCCUUCUCUUUGCUCUCAAGUUCUACUUUCAAACAAGAAGGCUCCGCAAAAACCUCCCACCCAGCCCACCUAAUUCUCUGCCUGUCCUGGGUCAUCUCCAUCUCCUUAAGAAACCCCUCCACCGUACAUUUUACCGCCUCUCACAGAAAUACGGCCAAGUUUUGUCUCUUCGCUUUGGUUCUCGUCUCGUGGUUGUAGUCUCGUCCCCAUCCGCAGUCGAGGAAUGUUUCACCAAGAACGACAUCGUCUUAGCCAACCGCCCUGCCAUGCUCGGAGGCAAGCACCUCGGCUACAACUACACCACCCUCACAGCAGCCCCCUAUGGCGAUCACUGGCGCAAUCUCCGCCGCAUAAGCUCCCUCGAGAUACUCUCGACCAAUCGCCUCAACAUGUUCUCGGGCAUACGAAGGGACGAGAUCAAGCGCUUGCUUCGAAAACUAUCACAUAACUCGUGCAAAGAUUUCGCCAAGGUGGAGCUGAAAUCAUUGUUCUCGGAGCUCACCUUUAACAUCGUAAUGAGAAUGGUGGCGGGGAAGAGCUAUUACGGGUACGGGGUGGACGUGAAGGACGAGGAAGAAGCGAGGCAGUUUAGGGAGAUAAUGAAAGAGGUAACCGCUAAUGGAGGGGCGUCGAAUCCUGGAGAAUUUGUGCCCUUGCUGCAAUGGAUCGAUCGUGGGGGGUUCGAGAAGAGACUGAAGAAACUUGCCAACAGGACGGAUGCGUUCUUGCAGGGCCUUAUCGAUGAGAAGAGGCGUGAGAAGGAGCAGGGAAAUACCAUGAUUGACCAUUUGCUUUCUCUGCAGAAAUCACAGCCUGAAUAUUACACUGACCAGAUUAUCAAGGGGCUUAUACUGGUCUUAUUACUUGCGGGGACCGAUACGUCAUCGGUGACAUUAGAAUGGGCAAUGUCCAGUCUGCUCAAUCAUCCCGACACAUUGAAAAAGGCUAAAGUUGAAUUGGAUGGUCAGAUUGGAGAAGAAAGGUUAGUUGAUGAAUCAAAUGUCUCUCAAUUAUGCUACCUUCAAAAUAUCAUCUCAGAGACUUUACGAUUGUACCCUCCUGCACCAUUACUACUACCCCACAUGUCAUCCGAAGACUGUACUAUUGAAGGAUAUGAUGUUCCGAGAAACACGAUAGUAUUUAUCAAUGCAUGGGCCAUACACAGAGACCCGAAUGUAUGGGACAAUGCAACCGAUUUCAAGCCUGAGAGGUUCGAAAGUGGCAAAGGUGAUGCGCACAAGCUGAUCAUGCCAUUUGGAUUGGGGAGGAGGGCUUGUCCUGGGGCGGGUCUUGCCCAGCGCAUGGUGGGCUUGACUUUGGGAUCAUUGAUUCAAUGCUUCGAGUGGGAGAGGAUCAACGAUGAAGAGAUUGACAUGACUGAGGGUAAUGGGGUCACCAUGCCCAAAGCUGUGGCACUGGAGGCCAUGUGUAAAGCUCGCCCCAUCAUGAAGAAGAUUCUCUCUACAUCUGAAUUUGUUGAUGUUAUUUGAUUUUGAACAGUCUCGUGAUCUCGAUCGACUUACUGGAUUAUAUUUAUACGCGACUAAAUCUCUUACCCAAAAAAAAGAAAUUCUCAAUAUUUUGUGUAUUUUCUCCGCUUCUACUGGAUAUUAAGUUGUAUCGAUAAUCAAAUUAUAAAUUCUAUUGCGUAAUAAGAAUGGAUUUGGUUGAA